CGCCCCAAGGACAGGAGUGCACCGCCUGCCCCCAGCUCCUCGGGAAGGGAGGAAUUUAGAAAAAAAGUUUCCCAGAAGUUUGGCUUAGAGGAAGGACGGGAAGACAGAGAGAGGAAGAGGGAGAGGGAGGAGAGAAGGGGAGAGGGAGGAGAGAGAGAGAAUAAAAAAAAGAUGAAGUCCAGUCUGCACAGCCUGUGAGCGCCUGCCCCGGUGGGUGGGAAGCAGGACGCGGGCGCUCAUGCUGCGAGCGGGCGGCGCUCCGGGCGCUCGUGCGUAGCCGCUGGAGCAGCUAGGGGCGCCGGUCCGAGCCGGCGGCGGAGGGCGGGGAGGGCGCAGAGGGAGGGUGCAAAGGACCCGCGGAGCCGCCGCCUCUCCCGGGCUCGGCCCGGCGGGCGCUCGGAGCGUGAGGGCGCGGGCUGCUCCCUCAGUAGCGGGGGCGAGCGGGGACUGGGGUGCGGGCGGCUAAGAUGAGUGAAAGGAGAAGAUCUGCAGUCGCCCUGAGCUCGCGAGCACAUGCCUUCUCCGUUGAAGCCUUGAUCGGCUCAAAUAAAAAACGGAAACUGCGAGACUGGGAGGAGAAGGGGCUGGACCUGUCCAUGGAGGCGCUGAGCCCCGCGGGCCCACUCGGAGACGCGGAGGACGCGGCCGCACACGGCCUGGAGCCUCACCCGGAUUCCGAGCAGAGCACUGGUUCAGACUCUGAAGUGCUCACUGAGCGGACCUCCUGCCCCUUUGACACUCACACCGACCUGGGCCCUGGGGCCGCGGGCCCUGUGCCUGCUGCCAUGUCUUCCAUGGAGGAGAUUCAGGUGGAGCUGCAGUGUGCUGACCUCUGGAAGAGGUUCCAUGACAUUGGAACCGAGAUGAUCAUCACCAAGGCAGGCAGGAGGAUGUUUCCUGCCAUGAGAGUGAAAAUCACCGGUCUGGAUCCACACCAACAGUAUUACAUAGCAAUGGACAUUGUGCCUGUGGACAAUAAAAGAUACAGAUACGUGUAUCACAGCUCCAAAUGGAUGGUGGCUGGCAAUGCCGAUUCCCCCGUGCCUCCAAGAGUUUAUAUACACCCUGAUUCUCUAGCUUCUGGAGACACUUGGAUGAGACAGGUGGUCAGUUUCGACAAACUCAAGCUGACCAACAAUGAACUGGAUGAUCAAGGACAUAUCAUUCUGCACUCCAUGCACAAAUACCAGCCCCGAGUUCAUGUGAUUCGCAAGGAUUUCAGCAGUGACCUUUCACCCACCAAACCUGUCCCCGUUGGGGAUGGAGUGAAAACGUUCAACUUUCCUGAGACUGUGUUCACCACGGUCACAGCCUAUCAGAACCAGCAGAUCACCAGAUUAAAAAUUGACCGGAACCCUUUUGCUAAAGGAUUCAGAGAUUCUGGAAGAAACAGAACCGGACUGGAAGCCAUCAUGGAGACUUACGCGUUCUGGAGACCCCCUGUGCGCACACUCACCUUUGAGGACUUCACCACCAUGCAGAAGCAGCAAGGGGGCAGCACAGGCACUUCCCCGACCACUUCCAGCACUGGCACACCAUCCCCUUCAGCUUCUUCUCAUCUUUUAUCUCCAUCCUGUUCUCCUCCGACCUUUCAUCUGGCCCCCAACACUUUCAACGUGGGCUGUCGAGAGAGCCAGCUGUGUAACCUGAACCUCUCUGAUUACCCACCCUGUGCCCGAAGCAACAUGGCUGCCUUGCAGAGCUACCCGGGGCUGAGUGACAGUGGCUACAACAGGCUCCAGAGUGGCGCUGCUUCAGCCACUCAGCCCUCUGAAACCUUCAUGCCUCAGAGGACUCCAUCCCUGAUCUCAGGAAUACCAACUCCACCCUCGUUGCCUAGCAACAGCAAGAUGGAAGCCUACGGGGGCCAGCUGGGGUCCUUCCCCACUUCCCAGUUUCAGUAUGUCAUGCAGGCAGGCAAUGCAGCCUCCACCUCCUCAUCACCACACAUGUUCGGGGGCAGCCACAUGCAGCAGAGCUCCUACAAUGCCUUCUCUCUCCACAACCCUUACAAUCUGUACGGAUACAAUUUCCCCACUUCCCCUAGGCUAGCUGCAAGCCCAGAGAAACUGAGCGCCUCUCAAAGCACUUUACUCUGUUCUUCGCCUUCCAAUGGGGCCUUCGGAGAGAGGCAGUACCUGCCCACGGGGAUGGAGCACAGCAUGCAUAUGAUCAGCCCUUCGCCCAAUAACCAGCAGGCGGCUAACACCUGUGAUGGCCGGCAGUACGGGGCGGUCCCAGGCUCCUCCUCCCAGAUGUCCGUGCACAUGGUUUAAUGGCCAGUCCAGACACCGCGGAGCCUCCAGCAGCCAAGGCCCCGGAACCUCCAUGGGCAGAUCCUCCUCUUUGGGAGCCCAGUGGCUCUGAAACACAGGAACUGCGUAUUUUUUUUUUUCUGGAGGAGGAAAGCAUUACCCAAGAACAACAAGAGACAUUUAAGCCACUGAAAUAUACUUGCGAUGGAAUCAUCUCCGUCCGACUCAGUGGCUGUUCUCCUGUCUUCCCAAAGCUUAGUUUUAUAAAAAGCAUCGUCUACUCCAGAGUGGCCUUUGAAGAAACUGAAUAAUCAUUUUAUAAUAAUGUUAAGGGAGAUGCUAGCAUUUAGCAGCCAUGAAAAGUUAGCCCCCCCCACAUGCAGAUUUACCCAUACAUACAUGCACACAUGC